AUGAAGCUCCUGCCAGUAACCAGAGCCGCGGCACCGUGCGAGCGAGGUACGGGGAUGUCAGCACCAUCAUUCCAAACCUGCUGCUUGGCCGAAGCAGCACCUAUCCACGCGACAUGCACUACAGCAGCAUCAGCGUGGCCUAUAGCAGCACCAUGGCCCACAGCACCAUGGCCCACAGCACCAUGGCCCACAGCAGCAUGGCUCACAGCACCAUGGCCCACAGCAGCAUGGCCCACAGCAGCAUGGCCCACAGCAGCAUGGCUCACAGCACCAUGGCCCACAGCAGCAUGGCCCACAGCAGCAUGGCCCACAGCAGCAUGGCCCACAGCAGCAUGGCCCACAGCAGCAUGGCUCACAGCACCAUGGCCCACAGCAGCAUGGCCCACAGCAGCAUGGCCCACAGCAGCAUGGCUCACAGCAGCAUGGCCCACAGCAGCAUGGCCCACAGCAGCAUGGCCCACAGCAGCAUGGCCCACAGCAGCAUGGCCCACAGCAGCAUGGCUCACAGCAGCAUGGCCCACAGCAGCAUGGCCCACAGCAGCAUGGCCCACAGCAGCAUGGCCCACAGCAGCAUGGCCCACAGCAGCAUGGCCCACAGCAGCAUGGCCCACAGCAGCAUGGCCCACAGCAGCAUGGCCCACAGCAGCAUGGCCCACAGCGGGGCACGUGGGUGUGGGAGAGGUGGUUGGAUGGGGAACAGGGCAGCGAGUGGCGGAGUGGGUGGGAACAGGGUUCAGGAGGCAAGUAUGA